AGGAAAGGGCUAGUUCCAUCUUCUGGAAUUGAAGGAGGCCUCUGGCAGAGAUUGUGCUGUGAGUGACAACCUUUCAGGAAGACAGAGAAAUCCAGAGAACAAACCCGGGUUCUCUGGAACAGCGAAGCUCGCCACUGAAUCGAGAGCACCGAGAUUUUAAAUCAAAUGAUUCCAGUCCUGGGACAUUCACGUAUCCUGCUUGCCAUCGAGGGCAUACGGAGCUGUGUUGGUGAGCUCCGGGUCACUGGCAUCGCCACGCUAGCCUUUCUGAAAGUUGGUGGCCGGAAGAGGAGAAGAUACAAGGAUACAGUAUGAAGGAUACAAUUGAACCUCCCAGAGAGUUUGCCCCUCCCGCUGGGAAGCCCCUCGGAGCAAACCUCGGAGAUCCUGAGCGCUCUACACCGAUAGUUUUGUAAUCAACUACGAAUGAUGAAACGUUCCAUAACUGAGAUGCUUCACAGAGGGAGGAUGCUGUGGAUAAUUCUUCUAAGCACAAUUGCUCUAGGAUGGACUACCCCAAUUCCCCUGAUAGAGGACUCAGAGGAAAUAGAUGAACCCUGUUUUGAUCCAUGCUACUGUGAAGUAAAAGAAAGCCUUUUUCAUAUACAUUGUGACAGUAAAGGAUUUACAAAUAUUAGUCAGAUUACGGAGUUCUGGUCAAGACCUUUUAAACUAUAUUUGCAGAGGAAUUCAAUGAGGAAAUUAUACACCAACAGUUUUCUUCAUCUGAAUAAUGCUGUGUCCAUUAACCUUGGGAACAAUGCUUUGCAGGACAUUCAAAUGGGAGCUUUCAAUGGUCUUAAGAUUUUAAAGAGGCUAUAUCUACAUGAGAACAAACUAGAUGUCUUCAGAAAUGACACCUUCCUUGGCCUGGAAAGUCUGGAAUAUCUGCAGGCAGAUUACAAUGUUAUUAAACGUAUUGAGAGUGGGGCCUUUCGGAACCUAAGCAAAUUAAGGGUUCUGAUUUUAAAUGAUAAUCUCAUCCCCAUGCUUCCAACCAAUUUAUUUAAGGCUGUCUCUUUAACACACUUGGACCUGCGUGGAAACAGGUUAAAGGUUCUUUUUUACCGAGGAAUGCUAGAUCACAUAGGCAGGAGCCUGAUGGAGCUUCAACUAGAAGAAAAUCCCUGGAACUGUACAUGUGAGAUUGUACAACUGAAGAGUUGGCUGGAGCGCAUUCCUUACACUGCCCUGGUGGGAGACAUCACUUGUGAGACACCAUUCCAUUUCCAUGGAAAGGACCUUCGAGAAAUCAGGAAGACAGAACUUUGUCCCUUGUUAUCUGACUCUGAGGUGGAGGCUAGUAUGGGGAUUCCCCACUUGUCAUCAAGCAAGGAGAAUACGUGGCCAACUAAGCCUUCCUCAAUGUUGUCCUCUGUCCAUUUUACUGCUUCUUCUGUUGAAUAUAAGUCCUCAAACAAACAGCCUAAGCCCACCAAACAGCCCCGAACGCCAAGACCACCCUCCACAUCCCAGGCUUUAUACCCUGGUCCAAACCAACCUCCUAUUGCUCCUUAUCAAACCAGACCACCAAUUCCCAUUAUAUGCCCCACUGGGUGUACCUGUAAUUUGCAUAUCAAUGACCUUGGCUUGACUGUCAACUGCAAAGAGAGAGGAUUUAAUAACAUUUCUGAACUUCUUCCAAGGCCAUUGAAUGCCAAGAAACUGUACCUGAGUAGCAAUCUGAUUCAGAAAAUAUACCGUUCUGACUUCUGGAAUUUUUCUUCUUUGGAUCUCCUGCAUCUGGGGAACAAUCGUAUUUCUUAUGUCCAGGAUGGGGCCUUCAUCAACCUGCCCAACCUUAAGAGCCUUUUUCUCAAUGGCAAUGAUAUAGAGAAGCUGACACCGGGCAUGUUCCGCGGGCUACAAAGUUUGCACUACUUGUACUUUGAGUUCAAUGUUAUCCGGGAAAUCCAGCCUGCGGCCUUUAGCCUCAUGCCCAACUUGAAGCUGCUGUUCCUCAACAAUAACUUGCUGAGGACCUUGCCAACAGAUGCCUUUGCAGGCACAUCCCUGGCUCGGCUCAACUUGAGGAAGAACUACUUUCUCUAUCUUCCUGUGGCUGGUGUCCUGGAACACUUGAAUGCCAUUGUCCAGAUAGACCUCAAUGAGAAUCCUUGGGACUGCACUUGUGACCUGGUCCCCUUUAAACAGUGGAUUGAAACCAUCAGCUCAGUCAGUGUGGUAGGUGAUGUGCUUUGUAGAAGCCCCGAGAACCUCACACACCGUGAUGUGCGCACUAUUGAGCUAGAAGUCCUUUGCCCAGAGAUGCUGCAUAUUGCACCAGAUGGAGCAUCCCCAGCCCAGCCUGGAGAUUCUCACUUUGUUGGGGGACCAACAAGCGUAUCACCUUACGAGUUCUCUCCCCCUGGUGGCCCUGUGCCCCUUUCUGUGUUGAUUCUUAGCCUGUUGGUUCUGUUUUUUUCAGCAGUCUUUGUUGCUGCAGGCCUCUUUGCCUAUGUGCUCCGUCGGCGUCGAAAGAAGCUACCCUUUAGGAGCAAGAGACAAGAAGGUGUGGACCUUACUGGCAUCCAGAUGCAAUGCCACCGGCUGUUUGAGGAUGGUGGAGGUGGUGGCGGUGGUGGAAAUGGGAGUGGAGGCCGACCCACCCUUUCCUCCCCAGAGAAGGCCCCUCCUGUGGGCCAUGUGUACGAGUACAUCCCCCACCCAGUGACCCAGAUGUGCAACAACCCCAUCUACAAGCCUCGCGAGGAGGAGGAAGUGGCUGUUUCAGCUGUCCAGGAGACAGGGGGUGCAGAACGUGGUGGUCCUGGGGGGACCCAACCACCAGGAAUGGGUGAGGUUCUCCUAGGAAGUGAGCAGUUUGCUGAAACACCCAAGGAGAACCACAGCAACUACCGGACCUUGCUGGAAAAAGAGAAGGAAUGGGCCCUAGCAGUUUCCAGCUCCCAGCUCAACACCAUAGUGACGGUGAAUCACCAUCACCCUCACCCUCACCACUCAGCAGCUGGUGGGGUCUCAGGGGUGGUUGGGGGAACUGGUGGAGACUUGGCUGGGUUCCGCCACCAUGAGAAGAAUGGCGGGGUGGUGCUCUUUCCUCCUGGGGGAGGCUGUGGCGGUGGCAGUAUGCUGCUUGACCGGGAGAGGCCACAGCCAGCCCCCUGCACAGUGGGAUUUGUGGACUGUCUCUAUGGCACAGUGCCCAAAUUAAAGGAACUACACGUCCACCCCCCUGGCAUGCAAUACCCAGACUUACAGCAGGAUGCCAGGCUUAAAGAAACCCUUCUCUUCUCAGCUGGAAAGGGCUUCACAGACCACCAAACCCAAAAAAGUGAUUACCUCGAGUUAAGGGCCAAACUUCAAACCAAGCCGGAUUACCUCGAAGUCCUGGAGAAGUCAACCUACAGGUUCUAACAGAAAGAAGAAAAUAAAUUAGUGCUUUUUUUUUUUUCCCACAAAAGAAAAGGAAAGUAAAAGAAAUAUGUCCCUUGCUCCUUUUACACUUGUCCCAAUAACUCCAUCCUCACAAUCUUCCCUGCCCUGAAGAGAACUGAAACCGCAUGAUAACUAGAGAAUACAGAUGUAUGCUCUCCCCUCUCAGAUGUGAUUUGGAGGAAGGGCCAUACUCAGAUCAUUAAUCAAUGAAGUGCCUUCGCAGACUUUUGCCAGCAAAUGUUAUCAUUAUUUUUUUAUACUGAAACUUGAGACUUUGACUGUGCCAUGUAUAAGGUAUAUCGGGGAUCGUUGUAUUGAUCCUAAUUAAGUAAAAUUCAAUGUGUCUUUUUAUUUUCAGUAACUUUUUUUUUCUUUAAUUGUAGUUUCAUUUGAAAGGGGGGGAUUGACAUUUGUGGCUUUCUUUCCUCUUCCCAUCAUGGCACAGAUUCUGUACAUGUAUUAACAAUGCAGUUUGCUGCAUGCCUGAAAACUGCAAGACGGGGAGGGAGGGGCGGGUCUUGCUCGAAUGUUCUCACUCACUCUCUUGUCUCUCACACGUAGACCCAUUCGCAAACCACAAGUCCCUGCAUAUGGUUAGGUUCCUAAACCUGCAUUUGGUGCAGGUACACGCAUACACACACACACACACACACACACACACACACACACACAUUCUCUCUCUCUCUCUUUCUCUCUCGCUCUCUCACACACAUUCCCAUGCAAACCAAUCCGCUUAGCUUGGGUUUGAUCCAUUUCUCUCCUCUCCAUAGCUCCACCUGCCCUACACUCCUAGUGUACAGCUCACAGCAUCUCUCCUACCACCCUGGGAAAAGUCACAUUCGAAGCUGGAUCCUACUGAAGUGAAGGCCUGGUGGUUUAACAACUGGAGAUACACACCUAGGGUUGAACACCCUCUUUGUGACAUUUCAUCCUGAUGCCAAGAUUUUUUGGAGAACAUCUGCACUUUCUUAUAUAUAUAUAUAUAUAUAUAAAUAUACAUAUAUAAAUAAUAUUAAAAAAUAAAAAGCAACUGGGUAUAUAUCACUAACAGCUUUGUAGGAAGCACUUUUAAUGUUUUCUCUCUCACACACAAAGAUUCAAAGAAAUGUGCAUAUAUUUAUUCUGUAAUUUCAGUGAUUAUAAAUUGUAAAGGUAAUGUUUAAUCAUUGUAUAGUGAUUAUGCGUCUGGUAUAGCUUUCCUAAUAAAAAGUUUUUGAAAAACAUAAUACAUUAUAUAUAGAAGAUACAAAGCUUGAACCUUAAACUUCAGCUAUGCCAUGCCUUUUGUGCUCCCAUUUAAAAAUAAUUAUUUCUUUACAUGUUAUACUGAACGCUAAUUUAUUAACAAGUUUGAUGCACUGUGAUGUUGAUAAAUCUUAAAAUCCAUCACCCUUAUCUCAAUCCAGGAUACAAUUGGUAUUUAUCAAAAUCUGAUUUAUAGUUCACUUCUUUUUCUUGGACUGUGAUUUUCAAACUUACUAACCUGAUGAGGCACUGUCUCUUAGACAGUAUGUAGUUGGGAGAAAAUAAAGUAGCUAGAUUGUGAAGAAACAUAGGAUUACUCAGGAAAAGUAAUCAAGGAUCCAUGCAUCUUAAGAUACUAAAUGACAUAAGGAAAAAGGAAAGUGAAAUUGUUAUUCUUUAAAAAAUAUGCACUAAAAUUAUACAUAUACCUUCACCCACCCAUUCCCAUCUACACAUACACACACAACUCAGUCAAAAUCCAAGGUCUUGAAGCCGAGCGGACUGUCAGAAUAGUGUUAUUUGUGAAAGUUGUCACUGUUCUGUUUGAUCACUGUUUUUCCCAACCACUUACUGCAAAUGGCUCCAGGAUUGCUUGAAGUAAGUCAGAAGAUGCUGAAUGAAUUUUUCUUUCUAUAUGACAUUAAAAUGAUGUUGCAAAAUUAACUUGACAACAGUUCAAGUUAUGAUCCAUUUACAUGUGAGUGAAACCAAAGAAAAUUGGAUUUUUAGGAUGCCAGUAUCUUGAUAAAAAGAAACCCAAACGCUCUGAAGCAGGCACUUAUCUCAUUUGGCCAGUAGAGGGCAGCAGAGCUUCACAGAUCCACAGACUCAGUAGUACAGAAUUGUGCAGUGAGGCCAAGGUUCUCAGCUAGUUUUCUCAAGCUGCCCUUAGUAAAAAUUAUCAUUAUGUGUUGAAUGUAAUUCGUCAUAAGUCACUGAUGCCUUACAUCAUGUUUUUUUCUCAUAAAAAUGAGUGAUACCAACAGCUUCUGAUGCUGUGUGGGAGAAAUAACACUAGGGCAUUGUAUUUUUUUAAAGAAUGCCCCACGAAUAUCUAGAACCUAUUGAUAUACUUCUUGAUUAAUUAUAUAAAACUACUAACAUAAAUAUGUAUACAAAGAAAAAUCACAGGUAUUUCAAUUAUAAGCGAAACUUUCAGGACCACCUUGUAUUUGACAUGUUGUAUCUAUAACUUUUGCCCUCUGUUAUUUGAAGUACAUUUUAGACUUAUUUUAGAAACAAAAAGUCCUUGAACUUAAUUCACUCUUUAUUCAUACAAAAUAUUGAAACAAAAAUUCUUCUUAUUCGAGAGAGUCAGGACCACUACUAUUUAGGGUCAUUUCUUCUCCUCCUCCUUUUAUUAAAAAAAAAAAAAAAAAAAAAAGCAAACAUUCCUAUAGGUUACCUUUUUCUACUUAACUCACCUUGUUUAUUCUUUGUAAUCUCUCCCUUCUUCUCCUCCUCCUCCUCUUCAUCCUCCUCUCCUCCUCUCCUUCCUCCUCCUCCUCCUCCUUCUUUUUAAGGCACAGAAGCCAGUACUAUUCCUUAAGGGUUUUAAAACUCAAUUUAUGGAGUCCCUCCAAACUAAUGUUUUAUCAUAUUUCCUUUCUAACCAAAUAUUUGAGUAGGGGGAAACGAUACCCAAAAACUCAAGAGAGCAAAGCUAAAUGCUUCUGGCAACAAUCGCUUGCUUAGUAACCAUGCUCAUAUCCAUAACAUGGCAUAUUAUACAAACCAGGUGAAAGUAUAAUUCCUAGAGACCCUGGUGCUUUCAACAUUUGAAAAAUGAGAUUCCAUAAACUAUAUUAAAUUACGAUAUAACUUGGUAAUUAUGUUUAUAUUUAUUUAUCAAAUAUAGAAAGUGAGCCUGUCUUGUCUUAAAUAUAGGUAGUAAUUUCACCCUUGAAUGAAAAUACAUUUAUUUAUUUAGUGGAAAUAAAUUUAUAUGAGAAUGGAAUUUUGUAUUUGAGAGAAUAUUUUUUUGCUUCCAUGGAUUUUUCUACCCCCUAGAUAGGUCACUUGUUUUAAUUUUGUAUUAUAUCAGUUAAGUUGGCUUUAAUUUAUAAUACCAGAUAUGAUUCUAUAAAGUACCAUGGAUAUUAAUGUAGGUACAGAUUAGGAUCUGCUUUAUGCUUCUGCUGCAGUAAAAUCAUUCAUUUUAAGGAAAAAUAGAUAACUAAUUCACUUCCUAGGAAUGGUCUGCUACUGAAACAGAUCCAGAUCUGACAGAUAUUUGCCAUUAUUCAUUGCUUUUUAUUACUAAUUCUAGUAAUAAUAUUUGAAAGUAACAAACAUAUUGUAAUGUCCCUUAAACAUGUUUAGUGGAAAGUAAUUGCAAAUGAACUAUUAGUUUAAUUCAGCAAUAGCUUUAACAUGUUAUAUAUAAUUUUGUGGUAUUAUUUAUG